UUCUCCCCCAGGCUUGACCUCUCGGUUGCUCAGCCAAUCCUCGCUUCUCCUCUUUUCCCCAAACGAGACACCUACAUCCAUGGCGUGAGGUCGUCAAUCCUAGGCUGGGCAGAGCCCCUCAGCUCCUCCUCUAGGUGGAACAGGCUCUAGAAGGGAAAGGGAAGAAGAAAGGAACGGAUGAGAUCAGGGGUAGGAGGUGGCAGGAGGGAGGGUCUGACGACCGCGACGAGCUCCUCCUUCUUCCACUGGCCCCUGUUGGCUGUUGUACGGUCUCCUUUCUUCAAUCCUCGGGGCGCGCGGGCGGGCCGAUGACGGCGACCUCGGGCUGGAGCAGGCAGGGGCCAGCGGUGGCGACCUCAGCGCAGAAAAGACAGUUGCCGGCGGCGGAGAAGCACUUAUCGGCCAACAAGCAAGGGCGGGUGGCAUCGGCAGACCAUGAUCCGGAAGAAAACGGCGAUGACCAGAUCAAGAAGCAGAUGAGAAACUUGCAGCAGAAUCGAGACGCAAGGGACGCCCUGGAGAUCACCAGAGGCAGGAGAGAGCAGCGGCCACAAUCUCACUACCCUCCGGUCAAGCACAUGCCAUUUGCCGCCCGCUUCUCACCACCAAAAUCCACCACAAUAGAUGCAUGUCUGAAGCGGACGCUUGGAGAUGUGAAAUUUAGUUGGAAGUGGCAUGUUGCAGAUAUGCUUGAUGGAGCAGAACAUGCUGAUUUGAAUGGUCUUAUUGAUACUUUCGUGAGGUUAUUUGCCCUACAGACAGGCGUCCUUGUUUGCUGGUUUGCUGGUCUUGGACAACGUACAUCUUCUCUGCCGGGGUCUUUGUUCUUCUCUUCUUGGACAACGUACAUCUUCUCUGCCGAGGACUUCGUUCAGCUGGCAUUCCUGUUCUGUUGAUUAUAGGCUCUGAUGUAUGGCCAUUUCCCGUCCCGUUUAAUGAUCAUGCCGGGAGGUUCUUCUACUACUCAUUCUUCUAUAGAUACUGAUGAUUGCAGCUGCACAAUUCGUCUUGGUAAGCGACAAGUUGAGCCUCCUCAUGGUGUAUGUCACUAUUGUACCCAGUUUAUUGCUUCAUCAUGCUAUAUAUAGAUUCAUAGGUGUAAUUGCCAGCUUGACACUAGUCGUCUUUAAUCUCACAUAAAAAACCCAAACCCUUUUAAGACUAUCGCUUCAGAGUUCACGGGGAUCUUAAUAGACAUAUUUGGUGGGCUGAGGUUGAACUGUACAAGUAGGGUCCUUAUGGAUGUUAGACAUGUGUAUACAUGUAUGUACUGCUACAUCUACUUGCCACAUUAUAUUUUCUUAGUCGGUACACUGAAAAGGGAGUCUACAAAAUAUUAUUGUUGGGUGAAGCAGCCAACAACUAUCAAAUAGCCGGUUCAAGAGAAUAGAAAACCCAAUUGCCAACUGUUCAUUUCAUGUCUAUGCAUAAAAAGAGUUUCUAGACAAAUACUAGAUUAACUAGGUUCGGAUGAAGGGUUGUGUAGUCACCAUAUAUUAUUAUCCACUCGGUGUGUUGCACAAGUGACACAAUUUCAACUUUUUAACUGUAAAUUCAUUAAUCAUUUUUUUCUGAAUAAGUGUAGCCUAACAAUUGAUUUCUUGGAAAAUUAAUCGCAGAUUGUUGGUUCCAUCAUUAUACAAAACAAAUGUACUCAAGUUAGCUUCGUGCCCUUGCAACUUCAAAUAUCUUUUAUGUUUUUGCGGAAUUAUAGCAGUAGCAACAAUUACCUUGCUGAGUUUUUUUCUCAUUGAUGCUCCACCGAGUUUAUAAAUUGAGUCACUUCUGCUCUUCUGGUUCUUGAACAUUGAUGCAUCCUCCAUCAAUGCAUAGUAUUUUAAUAUUUCCGCAAUACACCGGUAGAAUU